UCGCGGAAUGCACGCACAGAGACGCACGUUUGACGCCCCGAAACCUUUCUCCCCUUCUCCCUGCCGCACUGCUGCUUCCCCAAUCCCCCAAAUCCACUUAUCCACCCCAGGCCCGGCGGAUGCCGUCCUGACUCCGCACCCGCGGGGAGGCUGGGAGCCUGGGACAGGCCGGCCGUCGGCGACUGGCCGUGGCCAGAAGGGCCUGACCGCCUGAGCCCUGAGGGCGAGGCAAGGCAACGAGGCUGCGAGGGCCGACCGGCGGAGAGCUGACGCUUGGGUGAGCGAGGAGGAAGUUUUGAUAUAGGGGGGGUGGAUUACUGUUCACUGAACAUUUUUUUGAGUUAGAAGAUGGGAAUACCCAACUCUAGAAUCCUGGCUCCGCCACUGCUUCACAUCUGCCCGUCCCCGCCUCGGCCCUGCCAGCGCCGAUGCUGCCAGGUCACGGACACCGCGCUCUCGCCUGCGUCGGGCCGCCGCGCCGUCGCCCUGGCUGGCAUCGCCGCCUGGCUCGCCACUGCUGUCGGGCGGGCGGACGCGGCCAGUCCAUUAGACAAGUACGUCAAGAGGAAGAAGCUGGAGCCUCUGGAGACCUAUGUUCCAGCUGUGCUGCUGACUAUUGACCAGUUCGUUGAUCUAGAGAAAUCCUUAGAAUUUGAGAAACCAAGGUUCGACAAGACCAGAUCAUUACUUCGCUCCGGACCAGCAUCAUCUCUACGAAUCAACAUUCGGGCAGUGGCACCAUAUGCCGACACUAAUGGUCAAGGCAAAGCUGCAUCGGACUCUGUGGACGAAUGCUUACGAGCAUUGGAAGAUCUCGACUCGCUGCUACUACAUGCAUCACGGAACGACCCCUCAGCAUCCGUUGAGACCAUGAGGAGCAAGAUCAGUGUUGCCCUUGGAGCAUUAGACAAUCUGUUGCAAACUGUGCCAUCUGCGGUCCUGGAUAAAGGAAAGGCGAUUGUUGAUGCAUACCGUACUCCCGCAGAUGAUUAUGUUGAGGAAAAUGCUGCCGAGUUGGAUCCCAAGCUGAAACAGUUGGAGGAUAUUCUUUUAAGCCUGAAUUUUGUUAAGUCCAACCUUAUGUACUGACUACUUCCAGCGAUGACUGUAUUGUAUAGUGAAAUUUAGAGAGAGAGAGAGAUCAGUACACCAAUUUCCCUUUUUUUUGUAAUACUUCCUUAUGUUUAUACUAUACUAAUCAAAUAUUGUCUUUGUGUCUCACCA